GAAAACAAUGUCUAGUUGUAAUUUAAGCUUUUACCCAACCCGACUGUCUGUUCCAUCAGUUUCAUUCUGAAAGCCUCACCGAGAGGUCGAACAGAACAGGCAGAAAUCUAAAAAACGUUUCGAGAAAGUUGAAAAAAUUUACAGAUCAAAAAUUUGAAUAUUAUAAGGAAAUCGAUCGUGAGAUAUAAACAUUGUAAAGUGCCAUUUUUAAUUUGGAAAGCCUAGCCGAGAGGUCGUCCAAGCUUCGAUCAUUUCAACAACGCCAUGGAGCACCUUAAGAUCAAUGAAAGGGUUAUUAUCGUUCGCUCGAAUGGAAACUACCAACAAUGCAGAAUCAUUAAGCUUGACGCAGGGGCCGAGGACUUGGUGACCGUCGAGUGGAUGGAAAACUACAUGCGUAGUUCCAAGGAGAUGCCACUGGAGGAGCUCUUGCUGACCAAUCAUAAGAUGGCCAAGCUCGUACACCCAGGCCAGCCGUGCCCUUCGAGAGACCUAACAGCCCACAAGCGCUAUCCUUCGGUAGAGCGCGGGAAGUGCGAGUGAGUGGCGACUCCACCACCCAACAACAAAGACAAGACGACCCCGGAUGUCCCAUCUCCGAGCUGCAGAUGCAGCUGAAGGAUGAGGGAUCUGGUCCACAAGACAAGCCAUAGAAAUUGUAUUGAGAAGCUAGUUCGAAUGUUAAAAAGUUAGAAUCUGAUAAUCAAAAAUA